UGCUUACUGUAGAAUAAAAAUCACUACCUCUUGGAUUUAAUAAUUAACUAACUCUAUUAUUUGGCAAACUGUCCCUUUAAGUGUUUUCUAACUUUUUUUCAACACCAAAUUUUCCAUCUUUGAGAAAGUGCAGCAGAUGACAUGCCAUGUGUUAAACACCAGAUGUCAGCAAAGAAAUGCCAACUAUUAUCGUAGUGGACGAUUAAAAAAUCACUUAAGUAUAGUCUGUGACCCCGCGUAUAUUGGAUAUGGGAUUGUCCGAAUGCUUGUAUCUUUAAUGGGCUUAAAAGCGUUGAAAUACCACAUGAAGUGUAGAACUGGAUAAGUCCCAGUCUGCUCCACUUGGUUAGGUGUAUCCUGGCAGUGGUGCAUUCUCGCCUGUAGACUGAAACACAAGUGGAGGAUGUUGCAGACCGCUCCACCCCUCCCGCACAGCCUGUGUCGAGACCCAGCGCCUCUCCGCUCCAUCCGACUGAUGAUGAGAGCCCAAGCAGCCGCGCUUCUCUGAACACACCCUGCCCUCAGACGGGACACACCUGGAGGGAGAGAGGGGUCACAUCAAAGCGAGAAUUAAUCCGACACCGCACAUUUCAUCAGCCAACAGAGGCAUUUCUCUGAGCUGCGUGAAAGGAAAUACUCGGAUGACUUGUGCGCGGAGGAAAACAGUGACGGACGACGUAAAUAUUUACAUGCCCUUGUUCACAGCAGGACCGCUCGCCGUCGACUAAACUCACACAGAGACGCACGUCAUGAGAAUGCGGAGAAACUGCGAUGUUAACACGCUCAAACAAAUGCUAAAAUAAAAAUACGGGCGAAAAAUCGAACCAACCUUUCCUAAAAAUCGUUUUGUAAUUCUGCUGAACUGGACUGAGAGUUUCUGGAGGUUUGCGGGACUGCUCUUCUUUAAUCUGCGGUCAUGCCGCAGGCAUCAUCAGAUUUAUUCCCUACCUGAGGGAAUCGAGGAUUACUGGAGUUUUUAACUGAAGAGAUCAAUUAUGCAGCUCUGACCCAAUUGGACUGAAAUACGAGUACUUCGACUUUAAACACGCAGUCUUUCAAAUGUUUUGACGUCUUAUGAGAAAUAUCUAAAUACUAUUUCGCGUUCAGACGUUUCAUAAAAAGCGUAAACAACUAACGAACGAGUUGGCUGUGGUGUAAAAGUUGGACGUCGUGCGUGGUAAACAAUAACCGCAUCCUUAUUGCAGAUUUGUUGGAUAAUUAGGCGUGCAAUGUGCAAAUUGUUCAGUGAUUUUAGUGAGUUUAACUUUUCAAGUUAUUUUUUUUUUAAAUAAAUUGUUUCGUGAAAUUAAUUUAUCUUCUUAAGCUUUUGUCAGCCCUGGCGAAGUUAAAAGUCUUCGAGACAAUUUAAGUAAAGAAAAAAUAUUUUAGUAAUUUAGACUGUGUGAUGUGCUUAUUAUGAUAAAUUGAUAUCGACUUUACAGUGUUUUGUUGAUUCAAACAUCGUUCGAGCAGCUGUUGCUACGGUUACCAUUGUAGAAGCGAUUUUUGAGCGUGUACAUUUGUAAUUUAACUUCGACACGCUGUUGUUAAAACGCUGUGUAAUGCAUUAAAGGUUAUGCAUUGAAAUAAUGUAUAUUUAAGACCCCCAACUUUAUUUUGGGGAGUUUAUGCCUUAAUUAAAGAGGUUGUUCAUCUUUCCAAACCACCUCCAUAAAUCGCACCCUCUGAGCACUUUCUGAAUAUAUUUUAACGAAAUGUAAAAAUGCAAAAUUUUAUUACGAGAAAUUCACGUUGAUCCCAAUGUAAAUAUUUAUUUUCUCUGUCAUGUUGUGAUAUGGCAGGCGUGAGGUGAGCAGAAGGACUUAAAAAUUGUUUAACAAUAAACUUAAAACCCUUUCUUAUUUUCAUUUGUUUCUUACUAUAUGUAAUCUCACAUAGAGUGUCAAGGACUUUUAAUCAUUUAAUGUGAAUGCAAUUUGAGAGCAUGCCCAGACUGGAGGCCCUUUUCCAGGGUGAGACUCUAUAACCAAACAUGGGAGCGAAGCAAACAAAAGCUGGGGGCCAGGAGGCAGGAGCAAGUCCUCAGUGCACAGGAUGGAAACGGACCCCCACGAAAGAGCGAAGUGACAUCCUUACCUCCUUAAUGCUGAGGUCAGGAGACAAACUGAGGAGCAGCGGGACUCCUCCUCCCUACCAGCGGCGCAUCGGGAUGAUACAAGAGAUGAUGCUGAUGGCGAGGCAGGGCAAACACGAUGAGGCAACAGAGAUGCUCAAGACCCUCCGGCAGGAUCUGGGAAUGGAGUCAACCUCUCUGGACGAUGUUCUCUACCGCUAUGCCAGUUUCCGCAACCUGGUGGAUCCCAUUACCCAUGACCUCAUUAUUAGCCUGGCCAAAUACAUUCACUGCCCAAAGACGGAGGGAGAUGCUCUGGGUGCCAUGGAGAAGGUGUGCCGGCAGCUGACCUACCACCUGAGUCCACACUCACAGUGGAGACGGCAGGGGCUGCUGAAGAGGAAGCCACAGUCCUGUCUUAAAUCGGUUCUUUCAAGUCCUCCAUCUGGUGGGACAUUGGACCUGUCUGGAAUCCCGCUUGGAGUGAAAGACAUGGAGCGUCUCUGUGCCUACCUUCACCACUACGCAUCUCGCAUUGGUAGCCUAGAGCUGGGCUUCACCGAACUCACAGACGAUGCAUUCCUCCUGCUCCUCCCUACACUGGCAUCGCUUCCUCGCCUCGAGACUCUGGCUCUCAAUGGCAACAGGCUGACCCGCGCUGUGCUCAAAGAGCUCACAGACACACUGAAGGACCCUGACAGCUUCCCCAGCGUCACCUGGAUAGACCUGGGAAACAACGUGGACAUCUUCUCCCUCCCACAACCGUUUCUGGUGAGCCUGCGGAAGCGCUGUCCCAAACAGGGCAACCUUCCCACCAUCCUGGAGUUUGGCGAGAGCCAGGCCAGCGAGCCGGAGGGACGAGUGGAUGAAGAUGAUGCCGAUGCAACCAACCGGACAGAGAGCAUGGGGGAACUUCGAUCUGAGGAAGAAGAAGAGAUCGACGGUGAAAUGGAGAUUGAAGACAUGAUGGAAGAAUUGCUGGACUUUGACAGGGAGGUUCAGGGCAAGGAGGAUGAAGACGACAGUAUGUGGACCUUGGAGGAGCCGCGGCUGGUGAAAGAUCCAACUGCAAAGCAGAGCCGAGAUAAGAGGGCAUCCAAAGCAGAGGGAGAAGAGGACCUGCAAAGCCAGUCUUCUCAUCUGUCUUGCUCUAGCCAGUCACAGCACUCAUCUGGAGCCAUCGAACCUUUAAGAGAAGACUCUGUCCCAGAUCAGUUAGCAGGUCAUUCCCACAACCCUACCUGAUUGAAGCCACUGUCUCUUUGUAACCUUUGUCCCUUUAAGAACAAAAAGCAUGGCAGGCUUGCUUUAAGACAGGGUUGUCCAUGAGGUCAUGAAAUUCAGCAAGUUCUUUAGGGUUGACAAUCACAGUGGUUGUCUGUUGUUGCUGAAGAAGAAAUGUGAUAUAUCACCUGUGAUAUAUCAAAAUAUCAAAUUCUCUCAUUCAGGUUUUCCCCUUCACUGUCAUAACCAUAAACCUCUGUGCCUAUGUGCCUGUUCAGAACCCUGCAGUGGGUGUGUGGGAUGGUGCACAAGAUUAGUUUUAAAGUACCCCUAUUAUGCUAUUCUAAAGGUUCUUAAUUUAGGUUUGGAGGUCUGCUACAAUAGGUUUACAUCCAAAAAACAUUGGUUUUCUCUUGAUAUACAUUGUAGCAUCAACUAUUUUCUCACAGGUCAGACGUGUCACAGUGGUCUUGCAAACUUUCAAUGGCUGUUGUUGUGUCUGUUAGAUUCUCAAGAAUGUUUGGUGUUUCAUUUGUAGGAGCUUUCGCACCAGAAUAACUGUUUUACAGUUCCUAGAAUGGAUACAUGCCAUAUGAGACACUGACAUGGUAUUAAAGUGAUACAAGACAUUAACAAUCAGAAAGCUAAUGUUAGCUGCUUUUCGAAGUUGCCUUUGUCUGAGGUGUUGUGUUCUUUUCUCCUCUUCAAAUAUGUAGCACUACAAGUUGUCAGGUGAUUUAUUAAUGCUUUUACUGUUGCAAUCAUAAAACUGAUAUAUCUAUGUUCUAUCUCUAUUAUCACAAAACACAGUGAAAACAUAGCUUCAAUUACAGCAUCCUCAAUCCCCCAGGUACUGACUUGUUGUUGAUCCCAGCUGUCAUAUAUCACUUAGGAGCUCCUGUUGGAACCUAGGAAAAUAGUCCCGGAAAAAUUAGUUCCCUGGGAACCAUCCCUGCAAGCUAGUUUCUGUAGCUACCAAGUAUGAAAGUCUGUAAUUUAGCUUUCAGAAGGGUGCAACUGCUCCCUUUGUAGCCGUUAAGAGCCCUUGAUGUGCACUUCUAAGCCCCGCAAUGAAACGAUCACCAUGCAGACUUAAACCAAUCAGUCAAAGUGGCAUUUCAUUACCGAAGUGCUGACUCGGUUUAAGUUGCCAUUGGGGACUGGGCCACAGUGUCUGAAACAGUUAUGUUCUUAAACCCCUCCUGUCUGAGAACUCACUCUUCUGAUUGGUUACUCCCCGCAGUCUGUUGUGAUUGGUCAACCACUUACAGCGCUUCUCAAAAACUAAACAGCCAUUUCCAUUUCUACAGUUUUACCUCUGGAUUCAACUAAUAUUAUGUACCAUUUCAAAAGUUUUAUCAUAUUAAUUCAGACCCUUUAAUUGCAAAAAACAGAUCACACAUUACAUGAAAUUUAAAAUGUGAAAAAGCAAAACAGGGGCACUUUAACAUGUUGGAUUCAAGCAGAAUGGAGCUGUGAAUCGGUGUGUACAUCUAUGCAUCUGACAGGCACAAGCAUCACAUUCUCUCUAGCAGUGGAAAACAACUUCAAUUUUAUUCAGUCCAGUGAAUAUGCAUGUCCCAAGUAUCAGGUGGAUGGGACGUAGAUCCUUGUAUUAAGUGCCCCUAAUUUAUACCGUGGAAAACCAAAAUCUUUUGUCAGUGUUGGCCUAAGAACAACAUGAUUGUUGGGAAACGCAGCAGGACUGAAGCCAAAGAGAAAAGACUCACUGCAUGGAAUUGUUGUUUGGCUACGCAUUGGUUUGUAAUACUGAUAUUCUGUUGUUGCUGCUUGACAUGGAUUUUAAAGAGAUGUGAGAUUUCUCUGUUUGUUAGAAUAGAUCCUUUAACCUCUAAAUGAUAUUAAGAUUUCAUUUCUAUUUAUCCACUGAUAAUAAAAUGAUAAAGUGUUUAGUAUAUACCUAUAUUUAGUGCCUACUUAAAAUUUCACAUUAUUCAUAUACGUAAUUCAAAAUAGUUCAAAUAUGCCUGUAAAUUACAGUGUAUUGAUUAGAUUUGUCUUCAUGAAAAUUAGACAUUUUAAAGUUAGAUUUGUCUUAAUUAAUUACCCAUUAUUUUGAAUUCACUUAAGUGAAAAUACUAUAGUGCGUUAACAUCAUCACAUCAUAAUAGCUUAUAUCAGUAGUCUCAAACUCAAUUCUGGAGGGCCACAGCUCUGCAUAGUUUAGCUUUUACCACUUCCAACUCACCUGCUUCAUAGUCACUGGUAGUCUUAAACACCUUGAUUGGUUGAAUCAGCUGUGUUUGAUUAGGGUUGGAGCAAAACUAUGCAGAGUGGUGGCCCUCCAGGAAUCCAGUUUGAGAACUAUGGCUUAUAUGAUCAGUGUUUUUCUAAGCUCCAUCUUCAAAUUACGGUUUAUUAACCUACAUGAAUGGUUUAGUAGCCUUUGUAAAGGUGACCAAUAUGUUUCAAUUUAUCAUGUCAUUUCAUGGUCAACAGGUAGCCUCAAAAUCUCCUGCUGUGUUUCAAAGCCAUAUCUUUUAGUCAAGUUGUGCCAUUACGGAAUAUAUAUCGAUAAAAGUGCACUGAAGAGCUGUGAACAAUGACUUGGUCAGUAUUUCUGUACUCCCACAAUGAUUAAUGAACCAAGGGAAAUGCAAGGAAUGACAAACCGGAACAGCAAUAUGUGUAUGAUUAUUUGUAAACAAAUCAAAAUGUGUUUGACUGUUGUUGGUAUCAAAACCAAUAAACCUUUAACAAAUAUACACUUCA